UAGGAUCACCUCCACCGCUUAAGUAUAUCCAUCCAUCUCUCUUUCUCAUCCCCAUCUAUCUGCAUCUGUGCUUCACACAUAUGCACAAAGCGAAAGAGAGAAAAAGAGAGAGUGGAAGACACGGAGCUAUCGUGUGAGAAGAGCGAGCGAGCGAGCAGCCCAGCAAGCUCAACGACCACUUCAGGGGCCAGAGGCGGAGGAGGUGUGGUGCAGUGCGCACUGGGAGGCAGCAUGGCCAUGAAGGGCGCGGCUGGUCGUGCUUGCCGGGGAAGUAGGGGCCCUGAACAGCGCCGGGGAUUCAGGCGUGGGGCGUGCCAGGAGCCUGAGGGGCGAUGGCGUGGAGGAUCUCAAGGGGUGCAUGGAUCUGGGGUUCGAUUUGCAGCAGCAGAACCCCCACCCCUCCCUCCAACCCCGCCGGAAGCAACACAACUCCACCACAACAAUUGUGUCGCCCGCGUCAAGUCGCCAGAACCUGUGGACCAACGCGCGCCGUUGCGACCUUGCACCCUCCAACGCGCGCCGUUGCGACCUUGCACCCUCGUCCGACCUUCUCCGCUCCCAGAUUUGGAGCGAGGUGGGACUAAAUCACGACAUGGAGAUUGAGAAGGUUACAACGAAGGAGGUAGGAGAGGACUCGCGGCGGCGGACAGGGUCACAGCGGCGCCGUUGCUGGAAAGCGAGCGCCUGGACAAGAUAAAACAGAGGAUUGCGGAUUGAAUUCUUACAAAUGUAGUUUUUUUUUUGUAAAAAGCGAAACAUUUUCUCAGAUUCACUCAAAAAGGGACUGUGGGUUGAAUUUUCAGAAAA